AUGAUCGGCAACGUCGUCGGCUUCGUCCCGAGCGCAACGGCCCAGAUUGUUGGUUCCUCUAUCAACCUUGCUUCGGGCUUGGGUAUAGCGGCGACCUCUAUCAUCCGCACGAAGCAAUAUAUGAAGAAGGCGAAUGAGACUGUUUUCAGUCCGAGGGGUCUUCAUGCGCAGAUUUGCAAAACGGGGAAGAUGUUGCUUCAGAUCGGGGUGAGACCCGAGAAUGCGCAACCGGAGAUUGCGAGCAAGGCCUGUCUUGUGAAGCGAAUGAGUGCGCUUGGUGAGGAAGUUAUGAGGCUUGAUUUUGACGUUGGUGCUCCCGUUGAGCAGAGCAAUUGGAUGAAGAAGCUUGGUGCUUACUCGGCUCAACGGGCUGAGCAGAAUCAGUUGAGAAAAUUGGAUAAAAAGCAAGGGAAGUUGGAUAAAAAGCAGGUCAAUUUAGAUAGGAAAAUUGCCAGGGACGAGAAGAGGGGUCGAAGUCCCGGGAGGAAGUCUGAGAAGAAGGAGAAUAAGGAAGCCGAGAAGAGGCAGAACAAGGAAGCCGAGAAGAGGCAGAACAAGGAAGCCGAGAAAGUGAAGGGGUUGUUGUGGAUUGUCAUCACGGCUAGGAGGGAAAGCCUUUCUGGUGAUGAUGACUGGGAUUCGAAUAAUGAGAGUCGAGUUCAGUGA